AUGUCGGCACCACUGUCUCCUUCUUCUGACCUAUCUUGCCUUCUCUUCCAGAUCCCCAAGUCCUUGGUGCCCCAUUACUGCGAGCUGGUUGGGGCCAACCCCAAACUACGACCCAGCCCGUCCAAAUUCCUGCAGAAUUGCUCUCGGAUGGGUGGUUUCCUGGACAACAAGUUUGUGGAGACCAACCUCUUUCUGGAGGAGAUCCAGAUUAAGGAGCCGGCUGAGCGGCAGAAGUUUUUCCAAGAACUCAGCGACAACCUGGAUAGUUUCCCAGAGGACUUCUGUCGCCACAAGGUCCUUCCCCAGUUGCUGAUGGCAUUUGAGUUUGGGAGUGCGGGGGCCAUCAUCCUCACCCCGCUCUUUAAGGUGGGGAAAUUUUUGAACAGCCAGGAAUACCAGCAAAAAAUCAUCCCCGUCAUUGUGAAGAUGUUCUCUUCCCCGGAUCGGGCCAUGAGGAUCCGUUUGCUGCAACAGAUGGAGCACUUCAUCCAGUACCUGAAUGAGCCCACGGUCAACACCCAGAUCUUCCCCCACGUGGUCCACGGCUUCCUGGACACCAAUCCAGCCAUUCGGGAGCAGACGGUGAAGUCCAUGCUGCUCCUGGCUCCCAAGCUGAACGAGGCCAACCUGAACGUGGAACUCAUGAAGCACUUCGCUCGCCUCCAGGCCCGGGACGACCAAGGCCCCAUUCGUUGCAACACCACCGUGUGCCUGGGCAAGAUUGGGCCAUACCUCAGUGCCAGCACGAGGCAGAAUGUGCUGAUCUCGGCCUUCAGCCGGGCCACCAAAGACCCCUUUGCCCCCUCGCGGGCCGCUGGAGUCCUGGGCUUCGCCGCCACCCACAAUUUCUUCUCCAUGAAAGAGUGCGCCUUCAAAAUCCUGCCGGUGCUCUCCACCUUGACGGUGGACCCCGAAAAAACAGUCCGGGACCAGGCCUUCAAAGCCAUCCGCAGCUUCUUGACUAAAUUGGAGACGGUCUCAGAAGAUCCGGGUCAGCUCUCAGAGCUUGAAAAAGAUGUCCAGGCCGCUUCCAUCAGUCCCGGGGUGGGCUCAGCCGCAAGUUGGGCUGGCUGGGCUGUGACGGGGGUCUCGUCCCUGACGUCAAAGCUGAUCCGGGCAAACGCUGGAACGACGCCGGGAGCAGAACCGGUGGCCGAGGACGCCCCCGUCAAGAAGCCGGCGGAGCCUCCCAAAUCAGGUUUUGGAAGGGAACAGCAAAUGAACUGCAGCGGCUGUGGGUGCUACACAACUGAAUGUCUCUUUUUCUCUUUGUGUCAACAGCAAGAAACAGAGCAAACAAAGAGGCAGCCCAGCCCAGAUGACUGGAACAGCUCCAGCUGGUCGGAACCAGCUGAGAAUAUCGGCGGUAGGACAGUUACCACCACAGCCUCCGACAGGCAGGACUCGGACUGGAGCAGCUCCGCCUGGGAUCUGGAGCCAUCCUGGAGCCCCCAAAAGGGGGCGGCUUCCCCCAUGGAUCCGCUGCCUUCCAGCCUCGGCACCAAAGCAGCUGCAGCCCACCAAGACAUCAAACCGGCGAGUGAAUAUAACUGGGGCAGCAUCGGCUCCGGGGACAAAUCCGAUCUGUUUUCCUGCCUGGCUGGGAAGCCAACGUCGGAGAGGCAGAAAAACGCCGAUGCCUUGCGCGAGUGGACCUUUGAGGAAAACUGGGCCACACUGGACUCCGAUCAAGGUCCCAGCAAGACGGAUCUGGCCCGAAAGAAACGAGAAGAGAGGCGCCAGGAAAUAGAAGCCCGACGAGCCGAGAAAAAAGCCGCCAAGGGACCUAUGAAGUUGGGGGUCAGGAAAUUGGACUGACACUCUGCCCCACGCCAUGUUAUUUUUCCCUUCCUCCUCCUCCUCCUCCUCCUUCUUUCCACGUUAGGACAGCUCGAUGCCUUCCAAGAGACUGCAAGGAGGCGGCGAAGCGUCUCGCAACUCUGGCUCCCCGACCCAGUUUUGAAAGCGGGGGGGGGGGCUCCCUCCCUCCGGUCUCGCUCUGUCGUGGCGACUGCCACCCGCGGGGACCAGGUCUACCUGCGUCCCACCUUCCUUGGCAACCUGGGGGCCGAUUUCUCUGGUUUCAAGAUAGUUAAACAUGGACUUCCGGAAGCCUUGAGGGGGCGGGGGGGAAGCCUUGGGCGGGGUGAGGAGGGGGUUUGGAUUCCACAGUCUCUUUUGUCUGUGUGCAAAGAAAGCGAGACUUUUGCACAGAGGUGAAGUACCAGGCGGUCGUGUGCGCGCGAGUGCAUGUGGCUGUGCCUGCGCGUGUGCAGGUGAUAAUCCAUGCCUGUUUCAUCAGCUGACAGGGAAGCAGAGAAAUAAAUUAUGAAUGAAAAGCUGCAAAGAUUCCCACAAUCCCCGGCCCAUAUCUCUUUCUCUCUCUCUUUUUCUCUCUUUUUCACUGUCUUUUUGUC